GGAGCUCAGAGCCCGGAGCGACCCUACCCUCCCUCUCUCUCUCUCUCUCUCUCUCUCUCUCUCUCUCUCUCGCUCUCAGUCCGGUUUAAUACGGCUCUUCUGACCCCCUCUCUCUCAGUGAAUCGCCCGUGUUCCCAGCAGCGCGCUUGAUGUUCGAGGUCUGAUCCCGUGAAGUUCUCCAUGCGCGCUCGCUCGCGGAGAUGUGGACGCUGCUGAUCAGGCUGGAUCUGGUCUCGUGAGCCGGCGGCGUCUUCUGCUUUCGCUUUGAAAACUGCUGCUUGGACAAAUGCAUACAAAUGCAUUUAGGAGCCCAACGGACAAGGAGUGGACAAGUUUCUCCCACAUUGACAACGAGAUUCCUCGUCCUCCUCCUGUCAACAUGUGCGGUGCUGCUGUCAGCAGAAGAGCCAUCAGCAGCUCCAGGUGUAGACCUUAUUCAUCAGCUGGGCCUUUCCGGUCGCAGAGACAUUCACUCUUCUGGGACACCUUACCUCACCUCCCUUGCUUCAUCUCUGUCCAUCCUGCCCCCUGGAGUUGGGGUUAUCCUCAGACAGGAUACCCUCAUUGAGGCCCCAUCAGUGGACCUGCUCCCCGCAGGCGUGGAGGAGGAGUUUUCUAUCAUAGUGAGUUUAAGCUCCUGGCGAGCGAACAAUGCCUUUAUUUUUAGUGUGCGUGACGGCAGGGACAGACUGCAGUUUGGCCUGCAGCUCCUGCCCGGAAGGGUAGUGGUUUACACAGGCGAGAAAUCGUCGAUCUACUUCAAGUACGAUGUGCAAGAUGGACAGUGGCACUCCUUCUCUGUGGGGGUCCGGCCACGCUUUGUAUCUUUCCAUGCACGCUGUGGGGCUGUACAGUAUGGCGAGGAAACGCUAACUCGUCCACAGACGUUGAGCUCUGAAGGCCGCCUCUCUGUGGGAAGGAUGGACUCCAGGGCGAUGCAGUUUGAAGGAGCAUUAUGCCAGCUGGAUAUUUACCCCUCUGCCCAAGCUGCGGCACACUACUGCGACUAUGUUAAAAAACAGUGCAGACUGUCUGACACCUUCCGAUCUCUGUCAGGGAGCUCGGAGUCCCCAUUCCCAUCGGUUUCGCCUUCCCCAAAGUUCCACCGCAGCUCUUCGGAAUCACACACAUUCAUCCCAACUCUUGCUGAUCACUCCACCAACUCUAUUCCCACAGCACUUUUUGACCGGUUUUCAACCACAAGCUCUCCUAUGUUUCGCUCCAGCACACCUAGGCAUAUGAACCCAUCUCCAAGAACCUUCAGCAAGGCGCAAUCCCUGUACCUUACUCCAGAGACUCCUACGAGCAACCCUGCAACACAGAAGACCCUUAACGGUGAAAAUGACACUGAGAACCAGCUGCUUCUCAAGAAGCCCAGAGCAACUCGGGCCACCCCGGACUUGAUUACCAUCAUCAAGCAGAGCCGAUUGAAAGAGGCCUUGAGAAAUGAAGGUAGAUCCCACCAAUCCAACAAAGAGCUUCUCCAGGCCAAUCCUAAAGUGAACAGCACCAUCCUGUACCGUGAAGAGAGCAGCUAUAACCUGGUGGACCAAUCUGAGGAGCAGGUUCAGGAGGGGCAUGGUGCAGAUUACUCUGAGGGUUACGGAUACGAUUAUGGUUUUGAAGAAGACGAAUAUUUCUUUGACUAUGAUGGAUAUGUUGGUCCUAAAGGAGAACCGGGUCCUCCAGGUCCCGUCGGCCCCCCAGGUCUCCCUGGACCCCCUGGAAAGAGAGGACCGCGGGGUCCUCCUGGUCCUCACGGGAGUCCCGGACCGCCUGGUUUACCUGGUUCAAAGGGAGCAAAAGGUGAUCCUGGACUGUCCCCGGGUCAAGCGCCGGCGGGUGAUAAGGGUGAAAGAGGACGGCUGGGUCCACAGGGUCCUAAAGGUGAAGCAGGUCCAAAGGGUCCCAAAGGCUAUCCAGGACCAGCAGGUCUGCCCGGAGAACAGGGUUUGCCAGGAUUGCCGGGCGUAUCUGGGGCGACAGGUUACCCUGGCAGGCAGGGUUUGGCAGGACCGGAGGGAAACCCUGGACCUAAAGGUGUCAAUGGAUUUAUCGGACUUCCAGGAGUUGCAGGAGCGCCAGGACUGGAGGGAGAGAGAGGAAUACCGGGUCCUGUGGGAAUCAAGGGUCCCAAAGGAAGACAGGGUGUUGUGGGCGAUGCGGGCGAGCGAGGGCCACCCGGACCCGACGGGAACGAGGGGCCUGUCGGAGGAACCGGCAGCAGUGGAUUCCCAGGCCUGAGAGGUGAUCCGGGGCCCGAGGGACCCCGCGGCUUUCCCGGCAUUGUGGGACAUCAGGGCCUGGCCGGAGGGGUGGGGCCUCCUGGAAUGAAAGGUGAUAAGGGUGAAGCUGGACUGAGGGGUGACCCGGGAGAGACUGGAUAUCAAGGUGACAAGGGGACGGCUGGUAAUCCAGGCCCGACGGGGCCCCGCGGGAAACCAGGACCUCUCGGGAAAACAGGUGACCAGGGACCACAGGGGCCUCCGGGGCCACCGGGACCCGAGGGUUUCCCAGGAGACAUUGGUGCACCAGGACCCAACGGGCCUCCGGGACCAAAGGGUAUUCAAGGAGCCCGGGGCCCCCAGGGACCACCAGGGCCAAAAGGAACAGAGGGAGACGAAGGCCCUCCGGGUCCACCUGGAAAGCCUGGUCCCACUGGACGGAUAGGUCGAAAGGGUUUCAUUGGUGAACCAGGACCUGAAGGAUUAAAGGGAGAAAUUGGUGACCCAGGCAAUCCUGGAAAACACGGCCCCCCUGGUCCGGUGGGACUGAUUGGAAUGACCGGAGUUAUCGGACAACCUGGAGAAAAGGGCGAUCGAGGUCCUCCUGGUCCUUUGGGUCCUCCCGGAGAGAAAGGUUCAACAGGGUAUCCGGGUCUCCCGGGAGGUUCUGGGGAUUUCGGCCCUCAAGGUCCACCCGGUCCACAAGGGCCCAGAGGAGCAGCGGGCGCUUCGGGGCCGAAAGGACGAAGGGGCCCCAGGGGACCUGAUGGCCCUCCAGGAGAACCCGGCCCUGAGGGCGUAAAGGGUGAAAAGGGAUCGCCAGGGAUGAAUGGAGCUCCUGGAUUCAUCGGUAAAGCUGGAGCUCCAGGCAAGAGAGGAGCAGCAGGAGCGCCUGGUAAAGCAGGUCCUCCCGGAAGCACAGGUGAAAAAGGUCCUCCAGGUGAACCUGGCUCCAGAGGCCCUCCGGGGGACCUGGGACCAGAUGGAGAGCAAGGUCAAGAGGGACCUCCAGGACCUGAAGGAGAGCAGGGGCCCGUGGGUGAACCUGGAAUCAAGGGUGAAACGGGGCCUGUCGGAGAGGAGGGUGAACUGGGCCAAGCAGGCAUCAGAGGUCCUCCAGGGCCACCGGGAGAGGACGGGCAUCAAGGGAAGGACGGACCAAAGGGUGAGCCUGGUGACCGUGGACCAAUGGGAGAAGCCGGAGAAAGGGGUGAGAUUGGUGACUCUGGCCCAACAGGACCUCCUGGAGAUCUUGGGAAAAAGGGCUUCCCGGGACCUGAGGGCAAACAAGGUCUUCCGGGUAACCGUGGACGUCCAGGAAAGAAGGGUGAAAAGGGGCUGCCGGGUCACUUGGGAGAAAUGGGCUCAUCUGGGGAAAUUGGACAGACGGGGGAGAGAGGACUCAAAGGUGCUCGAGGAACCAGAGGACCCGCAGGUCGACCAGGAGCUAUGGGACCUCAGGGAGAGCCUGGACCUCAAGGUUACACAGGUCACACUGGUAAACAAGGUCCAGCAGGCCCCCCGGGACCAAAGGGAGAAAAGGGAUACCCAGGAGAAGACAGCAAAACAGCAGGACCGCCUGGGCCCUUAGGUGAACCAGGAGCUCCAGGAGAGAAGGGUGAACGUGGGGAACCAGGAGAUGACGGAUAUCAGGGUCACCCAGGGGUCACAGGUGCCCGUGGAGCGAUCGGUCAGCAGGGAUCUCCUGGAUCUCCUGGGCUUCCUGGUGAAGCAGGACCCAUAGGCGAGAAGGGAGUUCAGGGACUUGCUGGGAAGAAAGGAUCCAGAGGUCCUGCUGGAGCUCCAGGUCCUGAGGGUCCGGUUGGUUUGCCGGGGCCCAGAGGGACAGACGGGUAUCCAGGGUCCGAUGGGCUUCCUGGUCUUCCCGGUUUACCGGGUCUGUCUGGAUCCAAAGGACGAACAGGUCAGCGUGGUGAUACCGGUCUGGAGGGGAGGGCGGGACUUCCUGGCCCACGGGGCGAGCUCGGACUUCCUGGGGUCAUCGGAGAGAGAGGGUCUGCAGGGUCAAAGGGUGAGACGGGUUUGGCGGGCGACAGAGGACCGGCGGGGGCUAAAGGCAUGGAGGGGGCGACCGGAGACCAGGGCGUGAAAGGAGAGCCAGGUACCAAAGGAGAGUCGGGCGAGCUGGGAGACGCAGGCAUGCUGGGACUCCAGGGCUUCCCGGGACCCAAGGGUCCAGACGGAGACCUGGGCUUCUCUGGUCCUCCUGGACUCAAAGGGCCGGUGGGAGUUCUGGGCUUCUCUGGUCCCUCAGGUCCGGUGGGAAUGAUCGGUCCGGAGGGGAAGCCUGGCGCCAGAGGAGUCAAAGGAGCCGUGGAGAGAUGGGGCCUCAGGGGCCGCAGGGCAGUCCGGGGCCACAGGGGCCUCCAGGUUUACCCGGCCCUUCGGCCAUCUCAGGCCAUCCGAGACCAAAAUGGGUUGGUUUCCUCAUCGGAUUUGGAGAAAUAUCGUAUACGCAUCAGUGUGGAUGUUCAAGCUUUGACGGAGUCCGGCACUCACCUGGAGACGGAGAGUUACCAGAACACAGACGCGUCUCUGUCGGAGCAGAGCGCAGAGAUCUUCCGGACGCUGCGGUAUCUGAGCGGCGUCAUCGACAGCCUGAGAACACCGCUGGGAACCAGAGGAAACCCGGCUCGCUUCUGCAGAGACCUGCUGGACUGCAGACACAAGAUGAGCGACGGAUUGUUCUGGAUCGAUCCAAACGUGGGCUGCACGUCUGACGCCAUCCAGGUGUUCUGUAACUUCACCGCUGGAGGACAGACCUGCUUAAAGCCCGUCUCGACAGACAAGGCCGCGUUUGAUGUCGGGAAAGUCCAGAUGAAGUUCUUGCACUUGCUGAGCGUCACGGCGACCCAGACCGUUUCCCUCCACUGCUACAGUGACCCGGCGACGGUCGCCACGGAGAUGCCACGGGCGCUGCGUUUCCGGGGUUGGAGCGGCCAGGUGUUCGAGGAAAACUCUCCUCUGAGUCCACGCGUGCUUCUGGACGACUGCGAGAUCCGUGAUGGCAGCUGGCAUCAGUCGCGCUUCCAGUUUCAAACCCAGGACGCUCAGCAGCUCCCCAUCGUGGACAUUCAAGGUCUCCAUCAGGUCUCAGGGGACCAGCGGCACGUGGAAGUGGGUCCCGUCUGCUUCCUGUGAAAUCACUGAAGGACUUGAUCCACAAAUCAGACCAGCGGCGUUCCCUCCAGCCCGAGCGUGGCCGGGAAGGGCGAAGUCCUUGCUCGAAUCGUUGCUAGUUAAAGUGUCCGACGAGGUUUAUCCCGUUAGCAAACUAUGAAAAGGCCGACCUGGACUCUUUAGACGGUGCUCUACCUCCUUCACAUACAGGUGCUCGCGUUCAGGUGCACCCGACCUGAAACAAACUCUGCGCAAGUGCAAGCGAUGCAAACUCUGUUUGGUCUUCUGGAGUCGAGGUCUCGUCAAGGAAGCGAGAUAAAGUUACGGUGGUUAAUCCGUAGAUGAGUUUUGUACGAACGCUAGCCAUCUUUUCCCAAUGUUGCCAAUUUUGGAGCAUUGCAUGAAAUGAACACCAAUAAAUGCAUAACAUCUUAAAACAUUGGGCCAUCAUAAAAAACGCUUGGCUGCAUAAAACAUUCAAAGUGCGUGAAAUCGUAAAUAAAUUGGGGCACCGCAUAAGAAAAAAGUGCAUUACGUUAAAAAUAAAAAGACUAAAAAUCCUAACAUCCAGAAGAAAACACUGAGAAAUGCAUUAAAACUGAACAUUUGGAGAAAAACGCCAUGAAUUCGUGCAAAUAUUGGGCCUUCGCAUAAGAGCAUAAUCAAAAAAUUGGGGUUUCAUGUAAAAAAAACCCCAAAAACACAGACGGAGACUUUGGAAGGAAUCAUUGUGAGCACCUCAGAAACGCAAGGACGCAUCGUUUGCAGUGUAUUUACGCACAGUAUGUUUCUGGCCGCAAGUCGUUUGUUUGUGCUGGCUUUUUCUGUUGUGCCUUUUGCGUUUGGUCUUUUUCGAUCGCAGCAAACCUAAUUUAUAUGAACAGUGUGUUGAUAAGUUAUGCUACACAUCGGCUUAAUAUACCUUAUACGUUUAGGAGAAGGUUCGCUCUCGACCCUUGGAGAGACGCCACGAGUAUCUCUCGAAAUCGAAGAACAAGGACGCCCGAUGGGAUUUUUUCCGCGACAUCGUUAUUCGAAACCAUUACAAAUACUCCCAGGUGAUAAGAAUAUGUCGCUUUUCGAGAAAAACCUCACGAGAUAUUCGUGACACCUCUGUCGUAUGAAAGCCGUUUCCGUCACCGAAUAAAAGAAAUAUUCUUUUCCGCCGAAUCGUGAGAUAAAAAGCCACAAUUAAUGCAACUCUGUGACGGAAACACGCUUCUAUAAGAUCGGGGUCGGUCAACUUUUUCCGUGGUGCUGCCGUAUUCAGCGUUAGCAAUGAGUUAGUCAUUUUUUUUAUUUUAUUUUUCUCCUUUAUGUAUAUUUGGACAUUAUAUGUUUGUUUAUUUAUGUUAUCUUUUUAUUUCUCCAAAAAUACUGUACUCCAAUAAAUUAUAUCUCUCAGAGGUCUCUCUGGUCACUCCACCAUUUAGAAAUCUUAUUUAUGUCAAAUUUGUAUUUGUAUAUAAACACGGAUAGGGAGUGUAUGUUGUGCUCUGGCAGCUGCGAUUGGCCGGGUUCAGAUCACGUGAUCACACACAGGAAGUGUAACGCCUGUUAACUUAUGAUUGCAGUGUCAAAACUGUCACUAAAUGUGCCUACAGGAACCAAGACGAAAAUGUAAAUAUUUAAUAUUUUGACAUUAAAUAAAGUGUAUGAUUUCAUCCCAA